AAACAGGAGUUUGUUUAAUCAUCUUCAGUUCAACAAUAAACCCUAAACAGUAAGUUACAAAACGCAACAAGAAAUUACAAUAGCUGCUUCUAUAUAGAUCUAGAAAAUGAAGACAGGCAUUGCUAUUUUCGCCGCAAUUUUCGGCGUAGCACUUGCCCAAUUUCCCAAUGGAAGAAUUUUGGAACCACCAGUCCCACAAAUGUGUGCUGAGAGGGUUAUUCACGAAAAAACGCCUGAUGGUAAGGGGUAUUUCUUCAGUUGGAGGGACCCCGCUCUUAAAGGUGUUGAAGAGGACUGGCUCGGUGGAAGAAAUUUUUGCAGAAAGCGUUGUAUGGAUCUUGUAUCUUUGGAAACUAGUGCAGAAAAUGAGUGGAUCAAAAAAAGACUUAUUGACGAAAAGGUAAAAUACAUUUGGACUUCUGGACGUCUUUGUGACUUUAAAGGAUGCGACCGUGAAGACUUGCAACCAUUGAAUGUUAAUGGUUGGUUUUGGACUGCCGUUCUACAAAAAUUGGCUCCAACCACUCAAAGAGAUCAAAACGAUUGGUCCGAGAACGGUGGUAUUGGGAAACCACAACCUGAAGCUCAACAAGGAGGUGCCACUGAAAAUUGCUUGGCUGUCCUCAAUCAAUUUUACAAUGACGGAGUAAAUUGGCAUGACGUAGCUUGUCAUCACCGCAAACCUUGGGCGUGUGAAGAAAAUGCAGAUUUAUUAAAAUAUGUUCGUUACACCAACCCAGAACUUGGUGUUUAAAGCUACUUAGUUUAAUCUGCUGUGGACUGAUAAAAUUAGACAGCGACGAUGAUAUUUAUUUAUUUAAUUAUUUUAUGGCAUAUUAAAUUUUUUUAAAUA